AUGUUGCCAAAGUUCUACCAGCAUAUCCUGGCCGCUGUGUUUGCAGUUAAUGAGAUCAAUGAGAAUCCCAAGAUUUUGCCCAAUACCACCCUUGGCUUCCACAUCUAUGACAGCUACUAUGAUGCCAGGAUGACGUGUCGUGCCACGCUGGACCUGCUGUUUCAACUGCACAGAUAUAUUCCAAACUAUGAGUGUGAUGCCCGUAAAAACCUUAUGGCUAUCAUUGGAGGACUCAGUUUUGAUACCUCCUUCCUCAUGGACUCCAUCUUGGCUCUCUACAAGAUUCCACAGAUUGCUUAUGGGUCCUUUGCCCCAGAGGAGAGGGGUUCGGUGGAAUUCCUUUCUUUUUAUCGCACGGUCCCCAAUGAAUCCCAUCAGUUUACUGGAAUCAUCCAACUACUGCAGCAUUUCCACUGGGUGUGGGUAGGACUCUUUGUGAGAGACGACGACACCGGAGAACAUUUCUCGCAGCACCUGGAGUCCUUGCUUUUCCAAAAUGGGAUCUGUUUGGCAUUCGCAAAAAGAAUCCCGAACCUAGCUCACUGGAGUAAUGUGUAUGACAUUGACAGUUUACUCUCAAAUAUAUAUCAGCCUUUUGCAGACAGCAAAGCGAAUGUGUACAUCAUCCACGGAGAAUCCCGGACCAUUUUAGCGCUGCUCCUUGCUAUGUUUGAAGACAGGCCUGGGUAUGAGGAACAGCGUUCGUUUCACAAGGUGUGGAUCAUGACAGCCCAGUUUGAUUUUGCAGUAACAGGACUUCAAAAGUACUGGGAUUUCAAAUUCCUCCAGGGCGCCAUUGCUUUCACGAUUCACUCGCAGGAAGUUUCAGCCUUCCAAAAUUUUCUCCGAGACAUAAGACCUUAUCAGGUACAUGGAGAUGGUUUUCUCAAGGUCUUCUGGGAACAAGCCUUUGAUUGUUUCUAUCCAGAUCACCUGGAUGGAAUGGAAGAUGAUGGGACAUGUACUGGGGACGAGAAGCUAGACACCCUUCCUGGACCUCUUUUUGAAAUGACUAUGACUGGCCACAGCUACAGCAUCUACAACGCAGUCUAUGCCAUAGCGUAUACUAUUCAUGCCAUUGAAUCUCCCAGAUCAAAAAAUAGAGGAAUUGUGGAUGGUGAAAAAAUGCAACUUCAAGUUUUCCAGCCUUGGCAGGGGCUGCCCCUUUCUGUGUGCAGUGAUUACUGCCAGCCAGGUUAUCAGAAGAAAAAGAAGGAAGGAGAGAAAUUUUGCUGCUAUGAUUGUGCUCCUUGCCCGGAAGGGAAGAUUUCAGACCAGAAGGACAUGGCUGACUGCAUGAAAUGUGCAAAAGAUCAAUAUCCAAGCAGGAACAAAGAUCAAUGUAUUCCCAAAGUGAUAAGCUAUCUGUCCUAUGAAGAGCCUUUAGGAGUCAGUUUAAGCUCCUCUGCAGUUUUUUAUUCUCUGAUUACAGUCUUGGUUCUGGGGAUUUUUAUGAAGCACAGAGAUACGCCCAUAGUGAAAGUGAACAACUGGGAAAUCACGUGUGUCCUCCUUGUUUCUCUUGUGCUCUGUUUCCUCUGUUCUUUGUUAUUUCUGGGAUACCCUCAGAUGAUGACCUGUUUCAUCCGACAAUCGGCUUUCAGUAUCGUCUUCUCAGUGGCUGUUUCAUGCGUGUUGGCCAAAACUGUCAACGUGGUUGUAGCCUUCAAGGCCACCAAACCAGGAUCCUGGAUUAAAAAAUGUGUUGGGAAAAGGGUGACCCAUUCCAUUGUCCUUUCCUGUUCUCUUCUUCAAGGAGUCAUUUGUAUGGUGUGGCUAGGAACGUCUCCUCCUUUCCCAUAUUUGGACGUGCAGUUGCUGAAUGAAGUGAUAGUAGCCGAAUGCAAUGAAGGAUCGGUCGCCAUGUUCUGUAUUUCUUUGGGCUAUAUGGGACUUCUGUCCUUCAUCAGUUUAACUGUUGCAUUCCUAGCCAGGAAGUUACCUGACAGUUUCAAUGAAGCCAAGUUCAUCACCUUCAGCCUGCUGAUAUUUUGUAGUGUUUGGUUGUCUUUUGUUCCAACCUACCUGAGCACCAGAGGGAAGUACAUGGUAGCCAUGGAGAUCUUCUCUAUCUUGGCCUCCAGUGCAGCAUUACUGGGUUGUAUUUUUUUCCCAAAAUGUUACAUUAUUGUACUGAGGCCUGAGUUGAAUACAAAGGUGCAGCUAAUAAAGAGAAAGAAUAAAAGGAUCUCACUGUGA